GCAGCCCGGUGUCCCCCGCCUCCACCGGGCCCGGGCGCGGCUGGGACACCUCGCACAGGGCAGCCCGGUGUCCCCCGCCUCCACCGGGCCCGGGCGCGGCUGGGACACCUCGCACAGGGCAGCCCGGUGUCUUUGGUGCCAUGGGAACGGGCCGUACCCGGUGUCCCCGUGUCUGGGCCCCGCCGCUCCGCGUCCCCGGCACGAUGGUUCCGCGGGGGGCGGUGACAGCGCGGGGGGAGCACGUCCCCUUUAAGAGCGGCGCCGCCAUGAUCUGCCUGGUGUUGGGGCUCUUCGCCGGCCUCUUCCACAGUGCCUUCGGCGGGGUCAAUGAGCGAACCUUCGUGGCCAUCAAACCGGACGGGGUCCAGCGGCGCCUGGUCGGGGAGAUCAUCCGGCGCUUCGAGAGGAAGGGGCUGCAGCUGGUGGGGAUGAAGCUGCUGCAGGCCUCGGAGGAGCUGCUGAAGGAACACUACAUUGCCCUGCGGGACCGUCCCUUCUACGGCCGCCUGGUGAAGUACAUGAGCUCCGGGCCCAUCGUGGCCAUGGUCUGGCAGGGCCUGGAUGUGGUGAAGACAGUGCGCACCAUGAUCGGGGAGACCAAUCCAGCUGAAUCCAGGCCUGGCACCAUCCGAGGAGACUUCUGUGUUGAAGUCAGCAAGAACGUGAUCCACGGCAGUGACUCUGUGGAGAGUGCCCAGCAGGAGAUCUCGCUGUGGUUCCGGCCCGAGGAGCUGCCGUGCUGGGAGGACACAGCUGCACACUGGAUCUACGAGUUUGGUGUCUGCCAUGACCUCGUCCCACUCUGGGGCACGAUGGAGCAGCAGCUGGAGGAAAGGGCCCCCAGAGACCCUGCUGGGAGCAGGUACAGCAGCUGAGCUGUGGGUGGAAUUCCUGGAGCCCCUGGGGACUUUGAAUGGCUUUGCAUGUUGGUUCCUGCUGCUUCUCCUCUGUCCAAGACUGUGCUAAACUGUAAGAAUAAAAGUAGAAGCUGUC